AUGCUCCGCCACCAACUAACAUCUCGACCAUCAAUGCCACAGCCGCAGACCGGCGACGAGGGCGACCUGAAUGCACCCAGUGCUAACAUUGUCGACGUCCACCUAACAACCACAGCAUCAUUAUUCUCCUCCUCCUCCUUCUUCGCCACCACCACCAACACCGUCCCCUCUUCCGGCAAUGCGGACUCGACCCUAACUUGUCCCUACUGCGAUCGCAAUAUCACAUCACGCAUUGGCCUGGCCGGUCACUUACAACUUUGA